UAGCAGCCCCUCUCCACUUAUUUUCUAUCUUCAUCUCUUCCUCAAUUUCUACCUUUCUCUCCUAUCCCUUUUUCUUCCACCCCAAAAAACCCUAAAAGGAGCACAAACACCUCCAAUCCUUCCUUCUCUAGCUGCUCAUAAGAAGAAUAAGGUAUGUUUUUCAUUUGUUCUUAUCAUUUGGGUUAGUUUUUGUUUGUUCAUAUUAGAAUAUACCUAUUAACCAAUCCCCCAAAUCUGUAAAAAUUUGAUUUUAUGAUGAUGUUCGGAAGAAUAGGCCAGCCACAUGAUUUUCUGUUCGACCAGUCUUGUUUUGAUUCGAAUACUGAUUUGUUGCGAUUUGUGAUAUGAAACACCCAAAACAUGCUGGUUUUCUCGUCAUAUAGGUCAACCUUAUUCACCCAUGGUCGUCCAAUAAUGGUUGAUUGAAACUCGGUUUUAAAUCUACAAGUUAAGGGGUUUUUUCGUACUGUUAUUCUCAAUCCCAAAAUUGGUCGACCUAUUCUAUUUUGUUUCGUUAGUCUAAGUCAAUUGGACUCAUUUGUGGAUGUUUUGUUGCUUUUGCUUGGUAUAGAUAGGUCAACCUAUUUCCUAUGAGUUCGACUUAAUUCUUGUUUGGUUUCGUCAAUCCUAUAAAUUGGAAUUGUCUUGGAUGUUUUUUUUUUGCUUCUGCUUCGUACAUGAAGGUCGACCUAAUUUAUGGGAGGUCGGCCUAAAAUGUUUUGUUUCGUCAAUCUAAGAGAAUUGGACUCCUUUUCUGGAUGUUUUUUUUUUGCUUCUGCUUGGUACAUGGAGGUCGACCUAAUUUAUGGGAGGUUGACCUAAAAUGUUUGGUUUCGCCAAUCUAAGUGAAAUGGACUCCUUUGUGGAUGUUUUUUUUUCUUCAGCUUGGUACAUGGAGGUUGACCUAAUUUAUGGGAGGUCGACCAUGUCUGUAGUUGUAUGCUUCUGUUUGGUAGAGUCGACCAAUAUGCAGUGAGGUCGACAAAAUCAGUUUUCCUUUGGCUAAUGUGAAGAAGUUAUUCUUUGAUCUCAGGAUGUUUCAAGGAAAGAAGAAAAGAAAGUCAGACAAAGUUGCUGCCUCAUCAGCUUCUGAAUGGGAAGAGUUCAAUCCUACGUUGUAUCAGACCAAAAUUCAAAGCGACAAAUAUGAAGACAACAAAAUGCAAGGUUGCUUCGAUACUUCCCCUGAAGAAGACGUGGCAAUGUGUUUGGUGUUGCUGUCGAGGGACAUCAAAUGAAAGCGAAGAUUCAGCAAUGAAAGCGACGAACUUAAAGAAGAAGAAGAAGAAAUGAGAAGAUAGGGGAAGCGUCGUGGCGGAAUAGGAAAGAAGAGAAAGGGGGGAAGGAAAAUAAAAAUUAAUUAGUUAA